CUUUUCCUGGAUGAUGCCAAAGUCAAGAACUUCACCACUUGUUUCAAAGACCUUUCCUUCCUUUCCUUCUUCUUCCUUCACCUGGAGCCCAACCGGAGCAGUCGCUACGAGUCGGAAUUCCCAUUCCUUUCCCGCUGUGGAAGGGAAAGGAAUUUUCUCCGUUGCUCUGAUCGUCCUGUGGUUUUCACCCAUCUCAUCCCUGGAAAUUCCCAUGGGAAUCACUUCCUUUCCUACUGUGGAGGUGGAGAACGUUUAGUUGUGCCUUUCCAACCGGAAAAACUUUGGAUAUUCCCAAAAAAUGGCAGGUUGUAUCAUCCAGCUCCGGAAAAAAUUGGAGGAAUUGGAUUAGUUCGGUCGGCGUUGGUUGAGGAAUGGAGUUCAUUGUUCCGGUAUUCCCAAGGUUUUCCAGAGGAAAUUCCAAGUCAUUUUGUUUGGGAAGGGAAGAGUUAUAAACUCUCUGGGGAUUUGGGAAGGAAAGAGAUGGGAGAAAUUUGGGAAUCGGUGCCGGGAAUGGGGUGA